CAUCGUUAGCUUAGGGCUAGCUGACAGCGGCUAACGCACAAUAUUUUUUUCCCGGUAGAUUGCAGCCAAUAUUAGAGGAGGAUUUGGGCAAACCAGAGAUGCCAGAGUAAAUAUCUGUAUAUAAGAAACUACCGAAUACAAUUUUAGAAGCAGGGUUUAAUCCGCCCCUUUUUGAUUUUCAAAACGACCAAUUUUCCGUAGCUAAUAUCAUAUUAUUUAACUCGAUACUCCUCUAGCUAACAACAAGCCCUAGAUUUGCAGCUCACUCAGUCAAUUUUUUUGCGUCGCCAUGGCCGAUGUUGACAAACUAAAUAUAGACAGUAUCAUUCAGCGUCUUUUAGAAGUCAGAGGAGCAAAACCAGGAAAGAAUGUGCAGCUGCAGGAGAACGAGAUUCGAGGGCUGUGCCUCAAGUCCAGGGAGAUCUUCCUCAGCCAGCCAAUUCUACUGGAGCUCGAAGCUCCCCUUAAGAUAUGUGGUGAUAUCCAUGGGCAAUAUUACGACUUAUUGAGGCUAUUUGAGUAUGGGGGUUUCCCUCCAGAGAGCAACUACCUUUUCCUGGGAGACUAUGUGGACAGAGGAAAGCAGUCCCUGGAGACAAUCUGUCUGCUGCUGGCUUACAAAAUCAAAUACCCAGAAAACUUCUUUCUGCUGAGGGGAAACCACGAGUGCGCUUCCAUCAACAGAAUUUAUGGAUUCUAUGAUGAGUGUAAAAGAAGGUAUAACAUCAAGCUCUGGAAAACAUUCACAGACUGUUUUAACUGCCUCCCAAUCGCUGCCAUUGUUGAUGAAAAGAUCUUCUGUUGCCAUGGAGGGCUGUCUCCAGACCUGCAGUCCAUGGAGCAAAUCCGACGUGUCAUGCGGCCAACUGAUGUCCCCGACCAGGGUCUCCUGUGUGACCUUCUCUGGUCUGAUCCAGACAAGGAUGUCCUGGGCUGGGGGGAGAACGACAGGGGUGUCUCAUUCACCUUUGGGUCAGAAGUGGUGGCAAAGUUCCUGCACAAACAUGACCUUGAUCUUAUCUGCCGCGCCCACCAGGUUGUUGAGGAUGGCUAUGAGUUCUUUGCUAAGAGACAGCUGGUGACAUUAUUUUCCGCACCCAACUACUGCGGGGAAUUUGACAACGCUGGUGCCAUGAUGAGCGUGGAUGAGACUCUAAUGUGUUCAUUUCAGAUUUUAAAACCAGCUGAGAAGAAGAAGCCAAAUGGCAGCCGUCCAGUGACACCCCCUCGCAACAUGGUCACCAAGCAGGCCAAGAAAUAAGAUGGCAUGAGGGGAGUUAUGUCUCACUCCCUGUCCUACUUUCAUUUUGCAUUUGAAGGGUUGGUAGCCUGUUGCUGCCAAUACUGAAAAGAUAUCCACUCUAACCUGACGAAAGCAAAAUUGUUGUUUUUUUUCCACAAAGGUAAAUUGAUAUGUCACCAUGAAAACCUCAGGUGUUUUGCACUCCAUUGUAAUUAGUCUUUAUCACAUACGACUGUUCAAGGAGGAACAAUGUAACGUGACAGAUAAUGCACAGGAAUGCCUUGUUUGAAGCUGUGCACAGUUUGUUCCAAUUUAUGUGACAUGUUUUUUUCUGUUAUCACUUGUUUCUCAUUAUGAAAUAACGAGAACUAACGGUUUAAAAAUAAUUGUGGAUAAUGUCACAAACUCUUUGUUCUUUAUAUCUGUAUACCGUUCUUUAUCAUAGGACAUUGAACCUGCACUCUGAUCGCAACUGCAUCAUCACCAUUUUUGAAUAAGUCUUGUGCUGAAUUAAAUGAAUUAAUAAAGCAUUAUUGUAAUGUCUUAA